AUGCAACCCCUCAACAUCAUCGCCCUCCUUGCUAUCGGCGCUAUUGCCGCCCCCUCGGCCCCCCUCCAGGCCCGCGACGAGUUUCUCGUUAGCAGAAACUGCUACAACUGGAUCAAGCGCAACGAGCAGCACAGUAACCGUGCCUGCGAGCUUUCCGAAGAUGGACCUGGUCAGAGCUACAGGGUCAAGAGAAACUGUUACAACUGGAUCAAGCGCAAUGAGCAGCACACCGAUGUCUGCUAA